UGCAGCUUGUUACAUGCUCGCACUUUGCUUCCGCCUCCUGAUUGUUUAUUUUUGUUUUAUUGUUGGCACCUUUGACGGUUCACCGGUGGGGGGCGGGGCUUAGCCAGCCCAGGUGUUUUAGUUGGGCUGGUGGCGCACCUGAGGAAGAUGAGUGAUGGUGGCGUGUACGAAGCUGAGGUAGCAGCGAAGUUCGAAAAGGAACAUUGAUUAAAAACGGUGCGGGAAGGCUCUGGAUGAAAAGAGUACCUUCACCUCGGGACGGAUCCACCCAGAGGGGAGCGUCGGAAGUUUUUGGCGGGAGGAAGUUUGUCUUCGUUUGUUUUGAUUUGUUUUGUUUUUUUUGGACAAAACCGGCUGGACGCUAGGAAUUUUAGCACCGGGGAAGUUACACGCCUGCCAAGACCAACUACCAUCGAAAUCACCAGAGGUGCGGAUUUUUUAAGGAAAAGAGAAAAGAAAACUAGAUCUAUAUAUUUAAAGACAAAGAAAACAUAAAAACUAUUAAACGAAACGCCUGACGCAUGAGGGAUCGCGAGGGAUUUCCCUUCUGCAUGGAUGCCAUCUGGAUUGAGGAACAUAACCUACUGAUUGGACGUCUAAGGUAAGCCCCACCACACUGUGUGUUCCGUCAGGUGCCCUUUUUGUUUCUUUUCUCGGUUUCCUUUUGUUUAAAAAUCAUUACGCACUUAAUGUUGCGGCCCCUCUCUCCCGUAAUCUGUAUAAAAGAAAUAAGAACGAGCCAGGGUGAGGGUAGCGGGUCGUAACAAGUGGGGGCUCAAGUCCGGGAUUGCGGAACUUCCUUUUUGACUUUAUAAAAAAAAAAAGAGAGAAAAAAAAAAGCUACCAUUGAAAAAUCGGGGUUUCGUGUUUCCUGUAACUGUAGUUGAAAGUAGUGAGAAAUUAUGGAGGAAUUCAAAGUCGAAGAAUUCUUAAAGGAGGGUCGGAUUUUAAGAAUGAGAGACUGGUACCAACUUAAAAAGGAAGAACUGUUAAAAAUAGCAGAGCACUUGAAGGUUCAGUGUCCACCUGGAAUAAAAAAAGUUGACUUAAUUGAAGCCUUAAUAACUAAACUUUCCCCUGUGGCUCUUUCGGAAACACACCCAAAUGCUAUGGAGUUACAAUUGGCUAAAUUGGAAUUAGAAAAAGAGCGUAUCAGACAGAGAGCAGUACAGGAAGCUGCUACACUUGAGCUGGCAUUAGAAAAACGGAAAAUCGUUGCUAUGGAAGCAGAAAGAAGUUUUGAUUUAAGUAAAAACAUCCGAUUAGUUCCUCAGUUUUGUGAAACUGAAGUUGAAGUUUUCUUUCUGUCUUUUGAAAAGAUAGCAAAAGCUUUAAAAUGGCCCGAGAAUAAAUGGUCUCUUCUUGUACAGAGUGUGUUUACUGGCAGAGCUCUGGAGGUUUAUGCUGCACUUGAUGCAGAGCAGUCAUCAUCUUAUGAAGAUGUAAAAACUACUGUUCUUGCAGCUUACCAGCUGUCUCCAGAAGUUUAUCGACAGCGUUUCCGUAACUUGGAAAAAAGUACUACUCAUACUUAUAUUGAAUAUGCUAGGGAGAAAGAAAUAGCAUUUGAUAGAUGGGUGCGUUCAAAGAAUAUUGGUCAGGACUAUGAGAAAUUAAAACAGCUUAUUCUCUUGGAAGAUUUUAAGAGUACUGUUUCUUUUGAGGUAAAAAAUUACCUAGAAGAUCAUAAGGUUGACAAGAUUCAAAAAGCUGCAGUUAUGGCUGAUGAUUUUGAACUCACUCAUCAGACUUCAAUGAGAGGAGGGAGUAAGUCCAUUAGUUACCAAACACAGUAUGGGAAUGGAGCUGACGGUGGUUUCCAGAAACCAUCUAGAGGGUUCAAGACCUCACAGAUGAAUGUGCAGAGACCGGGAGGCAUGCGUUUAGAAGCAUUGGUGUGCUACUAUUGUGGUAAAAAGGGACACAAGAAAACUGAGUGUUGGGCUUUAGCUAAUAAGCAAAAGAUGUAGGAUGUUUAUUGGAUUAUAAAAUAAAAACAAAAAUAAUAAUAAAAAAAAAAUUAAAUAAAAAAAAUAAUAGUAAUUUUUUUUUGUUUAGGGGGGGAAGUGUUACAUGCUCGCACUUUGCUUCCGCCUCCUGAUUGUUUAUUUUUGUUUUAUUGUUGGCACCUUUGACGGUUCACCGGUGGGGGGCGGGGCUUAGCCAGCCCAGGUGUUUUAGUUGGGCUGGUGGCGCACCUGAGGAAGAUGAGUGAUGGUGGCGUGUACGAAGCUGAGGUAGCAGCGAAGUUCGAAAAGGAACAUUGAUUAAAAACGGUGCGGGAAGGCUCUGGAUGAAAAGAGUACCUUCACCUCGGGACGGAUCCACCCAGAGGGGAGCGUCGGAAGUUUUUGGCCGGGAGGAAGUUUGUCUUCGUUUGUUUUGAUUUGUUUUGUUUUUUUUUGGACAAAACCGGCUGGACGCUAGGAAUAUUAGCACCGGGGAAGUUACACGCCUGCCAAGACCAACCACCAUCGAAAUCACCAGAGGUGCGGAUUUUUUUUAAGGAAAAGAGAAAAGAAAACUAGAUCUAUAUAUUUAAAGACAAAGAAAACAUAAAAACUAUUAAACGAAACGCCUGACGCAUGAGGGAUCGCGAGGGCUUUCCCUUCUGCAUGGAUGCCAUCUGGAUUGAGGAACAUAAUCUACUGAUCGGGCGUCUAAGGCUGAACACAAAGUAGCC